AUGGACAGCGAUGGCUCUGAGGAAUAUGUCUUUGCCAUCCCCAACUUCUGGCAGCCCUCGAAGCUGCUGCUGGACUUGGAGGCAGAGGCACCGGCCAGCUUCUUUUCCAACGAUCUCACAAGUGCAGACGCGGAUCCCUUCGCGCUCGAUCCCAUAACGCCAACCCACGAUGGCUUCUUCAAGCUACUGCCUGUCCACGAUAUCCCCACGGGUUCUGCCGAGGCAAUAGACACAGAGGAGCCAAAUGCACCACUAAAUCCCGUAGAUGAGCCCGAAAGGCCAUCUGAAGACCUCUCUGCGGCCCUCGAUAGCGAUGAUGAUGACGAUAUGCCAGACAUAUGGCUAGAGCCAGGGAUGCCCGUCAAACCCAAGCCUCCAUAUCGAGCGUGGGAGGGGUUUUUCUCCGGCAAUACAGCCACAAAAUAUCAGCCCAUGAUGGUUACCGAGGCUGGCCCGGCUGCGUACGAUGCUCUACUAUUCUCUUCAAGCGACCCUCUCAAGCUCAGGAAUGUCGGUGUUCCUGUGGUUGAUACGAAGACAUACCUGUCUUCGCUACUGGCUUUGGCACUUGGUGGAGAGUCCGUUCUCUUUAUUAGAAAAGACGGAUCUCAGAGCCUCAGGCCUUCACUUCCUAAAAUGAGGGCAUCGGGGUACUCUAGCAAUGUCCUUCAGGCGCUUGAGAAUAAGUGCUUGAGAUGCGGAAGUACCUUGAUGGGUCUACGUGCCUUUGUACAAUCUGCCUACUCAGAACAUCCGAGCCGAUGUGGUGUGGCCCUCGCCAGCACUGUCAGCCAGGUUUUACAGGUUGUUCAAGAAUGGGUGGCUUUUAACGGGCGAAAUCCUCGAUCGCUUCUGCAGCUACAAUCCACUGUCAACUCGGUUGUGGCUAUUCUGAGGCCCUUCAAGGCGCUCACGUCACAGCUUCGCCAUGGUCUUACGGACGAGGAUAUCCUGAACCUCGUAUUUCAUCAGGCAUAUACGGUGGAUAGCAACGAGGAAUACCUCCGUCAGAUUAUGCGAGAAGUGCUGCGGAGAGUCUCUGGGCCGUGGAUCGAGUUUCUCGAAGAGUGGAUUGGGACAAGACGCGAGCAAGGGCUACCUUUUACCAAGUCCAAUGUCGGAGAAAGCAAAGGAUUUGUCAAGGUCGAGGCACGAGUGUUUCGAGAUGAUUUCGGCCGGGAACUCGCAGAGGUCGACUAUGUCUUGGACGCAGGCAAGAUGCCGCGCUUUAUGCCCGACGAUGUCACGGAGACAAUAUUUGAGACUGGGCGCAACUUGCGAUUUAUCCGCACUUUCCAUGAAGACCACCCACUAGCUCAGCAAGAUGUCAUUGCAUCCAGCGAUCCUCCUCAGGCCAAGUGGCUUUAUGAUUGGGAUGCCAUACUGCGCCUUGAGAGUCGUGCUGUUGCGUACCGAGACAGCCUGGUUGAUGCCAUCCAAUCGAGCCAUUCGGACUACGCUUUUGACCCUAUGGAAAUAUCCUUUUACUCAGUAGCCGAUAAGCCCGAGUCCAUCCUUACAUUCUUCGGACUAGAUCAGAUUGGCAUGGAAGAGCGCAUUGCCGCGUCCAUUGAGCAGUUUGCUCAGCCAGUUGCCACACACGACGCAGAGGAUCCUCUCAGUAGGAUUGUGCGUGAUAGACUUUGUGGAACACAUGCAUCAGCUAUUGAGCUCUCGAAUUCUACUCCCCACUGGACAUUGCUUCCUGUUCUUUCGUUUGGCGUUAUUGCGUCGGCACAGGCCCAAGUGGUCAACAAGGAGACUCUCAAGCUCCUAUUUACCGCUCACAAUCUGCGAGACCAUCUAAAGUUACAGCGAGAGUUCCAGUUACUUGGAAAUGGUAUUCUCUGCAGCCGCCUCUCCCAUGCUCUGUUUGACCCUGAUAUGGAGUCGGCGAAAGCGCAACCAGGAGUCGCGAGGAGAAGUAGUGUCAUGGGCUUGCGGCUUGGUGGGCGCGACAACUGGCCCCCUGCAACUUCAGAGCUGCGGUUGGCAUUGAUGGGCAUACUUUCUGAAUGCUACAGUGGUAAUCAAGAAGGGAAUAAAGUCGUGAGGAAUGAACGUAUUUUCGACAAGGAGGUUUCCGGCUUGCCAGGCAACAUGAGCUUUGCCGUGAGAGACCUUUCUGAUGAGGAAAUCGAAAAAUGCAUGAACCCCGAUUCCCUCGAAGCAUUGGACUUUCUCCGCCUUUCCUACACUGCGCCGCCACAACUGAGCCCCAUCAUCACGCCGAUGAAUUUGAUGCAGUAUGAUUACAUCUUCAAGCUCCUGCUGAGGGUCUUGCGGAUGAUAUUUGUUGUCAACCAGCUUUUCCGCGACGCAAACUGCCUGGCACGUGAAUGGGAAGAUCCCGGCAAUGCAACACUCCGCUUCGUAAGAGAAGCACAGCAUUUUGUGUCCACCGUGUCGGCAUAUUUUCUCGAUACGGGCAUUGCUGUUCCCUGGCGGGUAUUUGAGAAGAAACUGGACAAGAUUGAGGCGGAUCUCCACCGGCCAACUACAAACAGCUCAUCAGAAGAGGUCCAGAGCCCUGACAAACUGCAGGAGCUUCAUUCACUUGUCCUGGAUCGAAUCAUGCUUGCUCUGUUUCUGCGAAAGAAGCAGCAGCCAGUCCUCAAACUAUUGGAGGAUAUCUUUAAUACUAUUUUGCGAUUUGCUAAGCACAUAAGGCUACAGCGCUUGGGGAAGAAGGUGCAGAUUUUCAUCACAGUCUGCCGCAGCCUCUCGGAGAAGGCUCGGCGCACAGAUGGCAAGAGAGGGAGAGAAGACAGGAUAUUCAAGGAGCAGUACGGGACUGGCGACGAUAGCAUGGUUGCUCAGCUCCUGGUCAAGAUGGACAUGUUUGACUACUAUCUCAAGCGGUAG